CUGGCCGCCUCAAGGCGCCCUGAGAGGACCGGGACAUGCGGGUGCGGUGGCUGCUCUUUUGGCUCCUCCUGCUGGGAUUUCUCAGCCAUCAGUCGACCUAUGUUAUCAAUUCUCUGCCUGACCAUUUUCAGCCUGGGCCUGACUUUUUUGGAAUUCCUUGGAUAGCUAUCAUUAUUGUGUUUCUGGGAAUUUCUACACUUGGCAUUUUCCUCUGGAAAACUAGCUUUGGUGUGUCUUUCCUCAAGACUGUCUUAAAGUUACAAAAUGUACAUGACAGAUCUACAGAUGUACAGCGGAGAGCCUGGAGGUCCAAUAGCCGUAGCCAAGAAGGAAUUAAAAUUGGCCUGGAAGACCUCUUUACUUCAUGGAGAUAUAUGGAAGCCAAAGUUCGAGCUGAGGUCCAUAAGGUGACAACGAAGGUCAACAGUCAUUACCAAAUCCAUGGACAGAGGAAGACUACCGAGGAAGGGAAGCUGAGAAUGAAAGAAUGUGAGCAAGCAGAAAAGGAGAGGCAGCUCUCAGACGCAGAGGAAAAUGGGAAAUUGGUUAUGAAAAAAAUACGCACCUACAAGAAAAUGUUUCAAGACAUGCAACAGUUGCAGUGGCGGACAGAGGACUCCUACAGAUGCAAAAUCACCCCUUAUGCAAGAAAGGCUCUUGACAACUGGGUAAGUUUGUUUGUUUUCCUUGCUUUUGGACAUAGUCUGCCAGGUCAGGACGUGGAUGUAUUUUUCUCCCCACAGGUCUGUGCUCAAGCCUUGCAGAGGGAGAUGGCUGAGAGGAAGGCUGCCUACAAGCAGCACGGUCCCAUCCCUCUUGGUAACUGUGUGGUGCAAAAACACCUUCAUCCCCACCCAGUGGUGCCCCUGUCUAAUAUUCUCAGUGUCAGAGGUUCCAUAUUUGUAAUAGCAAAUAGGCCCCGAGUGUGAGUUAGUGAAGAGUGAAUGUAACUUAUUACCAAGGGACAAUUCCAAAUGAAGGCCUUAAAUGAUGCUCAGCUACGCUGGUUCUUGUGUGGCCUCUGUACCUUCAACAGCUGCCAAGUCCUAUGAUUACACAUGAUGGGACUUGUACACUUGAAGUCAAACACAUUUUUAAAACUUGCUUUGUUUAGAAUUCCCACCUCAUUUUUCCAUGGACAAAAGUAUUCUUUAUGUCUUAAUGCAUUUACAAUUUGGUAUUACCUGGGAGUGAAAAGAAAUAUUACAGCCAUGCCUAACUGA